UAUUCAUGCUCUAGUCUGACCUAUUAACCCAGACUAUAGAAGCAUUUUUUUUCAGAUUUUUCGCGUCAAAAUUUCCUGGAAGUGCAUUCUGGCCCUGUGACUAAUCGUCCUGCACUCUUAAUGUCCUUUAUCCUGUUCUAAAUAAAGAGUAGAUUCUCUUCAGUUAUGUUUCUUUUUGUUACUAAUCGGGAAAAGUGACAUUAUUACUCAAGAAAAGUUGAAGACUAUUAUACAAACAAUUUUCCGUCUCAUAUGCAAAGGGCAGUUACCCUAACAGUUCAUUAAAUUAAGGGUUUCUGUUUUUUUCAACAGUUAUUCGGUUUUGGUGUAAAAUGUGCUCUAAGGGUCCACAUAAUAUUUUUCUAAUGAGUGUUUAAAGUUACUCUACGCAGUGUUUUUACCUAGUGAUAUGUGAAAUGGGACAUUAGGACCUCAGCAAUAAUUUAGUUGGAAAAGGAUAAUGUAAUUGAUAUCCUGUACCUUAACGAGCUUGUGUGCAACUUCAUAAGCAGUAAUGUUCCGAUGUUUGCCUAUACGUGAACCCAAAGCUUGGAAAAUUUCUGUUCGACGAGGAGCAGUGGCGGAGUCCAGUGAUGAUUUUACAACAUGGCUUUCAUUACGGUGGAUAUGGUGGUAAUGCCGGAGGAGAAUUGUCAGAAGAUGAAGUAUCAGAUUUGCCAAGUUGUGCGUUCGCAACAAGAUCUACAACAGUGCAGCAUCACUACCUUACAUCUCUGCAUCAUCCAGCAGAAAGUUCACAAUGUCCUGGAAGCUCUGCUAUGUCAAGCACCGACUAUUAUGGAGGAUUGCCGUACAGAAUUCAAAGACAUGCAGCCAAUAUAAGAGAAAGGAAAAGGAUGCUGAGGUCUGCUAUUGGACCCACCGGCAGUAUAAACUCCGCUUUUGACGAACUGCGUAUGCAUGUUCCCACAUUUCCCUACGAAAAGCGACUAAGUAAAAUCGACACCCUUCGAUUGGCUAUAGCCUACAUAGCCCUUCUGAGAGAAGUCUUGACCGCCGACUGUGAUCCAUUAACUUAUGUCGAGAAAUGUUUAAGGGGUGAAAUUAAAGCAGACAGGGCUCAUUGGAAUACAAGUGGUAAGUAUUUCGAUAUUAACUAAUGAUAGCAAAAGU